AUUCUCUCACAGUCGCGUUCCAGCGCUAUUUCUCUUUCAAUCUCUUCAAUUUCCUUUGGUUGUCUCUGCCAUCGCUACCUAGGUGCUGCCAUUGCUGCAUAGCUUUGUGUAAUCAUCGCCGUUAUUAUCAAUUCAAGUAAUAAGGUUUGACAUCCUUUUCUCAAACUCAAUUAAUUUACAGAAAAAAUUCAUAUCAUUGGCUAUCCCUAAACCCUUCAUUUUUGCUAUCCCUAAAUUCUUUUCUUCGUCGUUUCUGUUAUAGUUAUUCAUUAUUAAUUACGCCAAUUUUUUUUCAUAUUAGAAAAAUGUCUACCAAUAUUGAAGCUAUAUCUAGUGUUAAUGAGUACGAUGGAACUGAACCCCCUAUUGAACAAUUAUUUACCGAUAGUGAUGAAGAAUAUGAUGUUAAUAAGGAUCAAUGCGUAGAGAGUUAUUUGGAUGAUGAGGAGUGGAAUGAGGAUGACUACACUUCAGAGGAAGAAAGUGAAGUAGAAGUUAACAUAGAGAAUGAAGGUGAGAUAAUGAAAAGAUUUGAUGUUGAAGAUAAUGAAAAAAUUAGUCUAGAAAAGUUUAUGAUAUUUGUUGACGUACAUGAGUUCAGGAGUGUAUUAAGAGAUUACAUAAUUCAAGAGAAUUUUGAUAUAAUAAGAGUGAAAAAUGAGAAAGCAAGAGUGACUGCCAUUUGUGCUUCUGAAGGUUGUCCUUGGAGGAUUCAUGCUUCUCCUUCUCCAUAUGGUAUUGCUUUUAUGAUCAAGAGUUAUGAGCCAAGGCAUACUUGUAUUAGAAAAUCUGAGAAGAGAAAUGCUAAUUCUACAUGGAUAGCAAAAAAGUUAAAACAAUCUUUAAAUGCUGAUCCAAAUAUGAGCUAUGAACUCAUGUCUAAUGAAUUGAUUACCAAGUUUGGAGUUGAAGUCCAUCCUAAGCAAUUAUAUAGGGCCAGAAGAAAAGGAAGGAAAGAAGUUGAAGGUUCUCAUGCUUUAAGUUAUAAGAAAAUAGUUAAGUUUGCUAAUCUGUUACUAGAAAAAAACAGGGGGAGCAUAGUAAGAUUGGAGUACUAUGAUCAAAUGACAUAGUAAGAUUGGAGUACUAUGAUAAAAAAACAGGAGGAGCAAUUAUAUAUACAAAUGUAUUUUUUUACCUUUUCAAAUUAUAGAAAAUUUCAGCAAGUGAAUCACAAACUUCAAUGAUAAAACAAACUCAACAACAUGCUUCAGCACAGGCCAAAGCAAAGUCACAACUACAAGCCAAACAAAUAAAAAGGGAUAUUAGGAAAGAUAAAUUUCUUAGAAAGUAUUCUUCAAAUUUGACGAUUCAAUGAGUAUUUAGAAGUUUCAAGAGUUGGGUAUUGGAGAUUGCAGCUUGUACAAGGGACAAUACACCAACAUAAAAACAUAUUCUAUUAUGCACAAAGCUCUUUAUUUAGAUUAAGAAACUUACUUUGUAGGGAUGUGAAGGAAUGAGAUGUUGAUUUUUUAAAUUUGGGAUUUAUUCAU